ACAGUGAUCAUGGCGAAAUCUGUAAGCCAACUGUUGCAGGAGGCGGCUGCAGCCCUAGAGCAACAGGGACAGACAAGCCAACUUCGAUUCAGUUGCCGCAGGUCAAGCAACAAGUUCUCGUUCCAAUGAGUCCUUCAGCCUGAGUCGCGGGCAUCUUCAGUAGCAAGGGAAACCGUGCGGGGUGAGGUAUCAAGACUUUUCUCACCGUAUCCCCGCAGCAAUUAUGUUAAGUGUAGACGGCAGACAACAAAGCCAACUAGCGAAAAAAGUUUCACACACAAGUUUUUCGAUGUGACUGCAAAGUCCCACUCAUGUGUGAAAAGAUUGAUCUUGAGUGCUCUGGGUUGGGAGAAAAAAGGAUUGUUUUCCCAGAUAAAUACUGCACAUCUGAUGAUUUCAAGUCCGUAUUGCUUAAGGAGUUUCCAAAACUGAAAGAAGGUGGUGGGUUUGAAUUGCUCAGGCCAUAUGGGGCAACAAGGACAAAAACUUUGCAAGUCAUCCCCUGUCCAUCAGAAGGGUAUACACCACAUUAUCUUCAAGACACCAUUGGACUACAUACAGCAACUGUAUAUGUAAGGCCUCUUCAAAAAGACCUUGACAGGGAAUCAUCUGAACCUAAAUGUGGAUCUGGGCCCCCUGUGCAGUGCAUUUACUGUAAGGAAACAUUUAGCCAUGCAGAAAUACAGGACCACGUGGACAAAUGUAUCUUGUCAGCGAAAGAGAAGGCAGCUGAAAGAGAAAAAAACGGAAGCAGCGGAGGCCAAAACUGUGACAGACAGGACAUUAUUAAUGUUGAAGACAGUGACCAUGUUUUUGAAGACAGCUGUAGCAGCAUCCAAGACCAUAAUGAGCAGGUUUCAGAAAGGAGCCAGAACAGCAGAGAGCAGAGUCAUGAUCUAGCUCUUGAAGGGACGAGUAACAGCAGCGUUUUGAAAUUUGGCAGUGAGGAUACUGAAGACUGGAGAACUGAGCCUGACUUGAACCGUGCUGGUUAUAUAUUUCGACGUUCUAUACUGCAAGAAGUGGAGGAUCAACCAGAUCUUGUGGCAAAGAUGGAUCUGCUUAAAAGUCCUGAAGAGAGAGAAAGAGAAAUACUGACAUUUUACAAACACACAGUGACUAACUGGGCCCGUCCAUUGUCUGUUUUACUUAUGGGUGAUUCUGCCAUUGGGGAUGGUGUAAAACGCCACUUUCUCUCCUUUGUUAUGUCAAGAGACCAAUAUGGAUUUGACCUAAAUCUUGAAAAUUGUGGGAGAACUAUAUUCUUUAAUGGACAAGAGGACCAUUUGGUGCCUUCCACUUCUCGGCUUUUGCUAGACAGUGACCUUUUCCGUGUCAUUGGUCGCAUGAUUGGACAUUCAUUCUUACAUGGUGGACCUUUACUCACUGGUUUGAGUCGCUCUUUGUUUAGUCUGUUGCUUGGACAGAAGGAUGAACCUGCCGUUCUAGAACUGGAGGACUGCCCUGACACUGAUGUCACUGAAAUCGUUUCACUUCUUCAAGGUUGUGUAAAUUUGACGAAAGACGAACAAGACAGAGUAAAUAGCCUUGCAGUCAACUGGGAUCUCCCACCAGUUAAUGAGAGAAACAGAAAAUGGUUGGCACAAAGUGUCCUUUACCAUGCUGUCAUUGUUCGGAGGGAGAAGCAAAUUCGACAGAUCAGACAGGGGUUGAAAGACACAAGAGUUUUGCGCAUGAUCAAAGAACGGUCUGCUCUGAUUGAUGUUCUUUUUCCGAGAGCAUCAGCUCAAAGGAUUGAACCAGAGAUGAUCCUUGAUAGAAUUAUAUGGCCAACAGUUGACAGUGAUGAUGAAGAGUAUGGUGACUAUAGUCUUGACGACACAUACAGGAUGACUGGUUUCUUUCGUCAGUACAUUGAAAAUGGCACACCAGAGGAGCUGUUACAACUCAUUCAGUUCUGGGUGGGUUGGGCACUUCUUCCUCAGCAUCUGUACGUAGAGGUGUCCUCUGAUAUCACAAUGCCAACUGCGUCAACUUGUAGAGAAACCAUCAAGCUCCCAGUAAAAUAUAGCACUUAUGAGAGUUUCUGUAAGGACCUGAAAGCUGCUGUAUCAUCCACAGAGACUGGGUUUGGUUUGGUUUAAUUACUGCAUUGUGUACUAAAAUGAACAUUGCAAUUCACUUUUUUAGCACAAGACUUACAAAAUACAUUACAGGUCACCGUUAAAAAGGUUAGUUUAUUUUGGAACGUGACAAUGCAUCGGUCACACAAAGGGUGCAUUUUCUGAAUGUUCUGUUAACUUUUCGAAAACAGUUCUGCACCCUAGCGUGUUAGUUAAUUGAUUAUCGAAUACUCAAUAAGAAAAUGUAACUUCUAUGUAAUAAAUGACUGUUUUGUUCUAUAAAAAAAUUGGAAAAGUCUUGUAUUUAGAUUUGAUUAAAUGCAAACAGUUGUCUGGGUUUUGACCAACAUUUGAAAUGCUAUAAAAUAAAGUACUAAUUAAAAAUGUCCAAUAAUUGGUGAAGUUUAGUAAUUGUGUUGUAAUAUGUUUCUAUGGCAUCUGAAAAGGGCACAUUAGGAUUCGGCAGGGUACCCAGUUCCUCUUCAGUCAGUUGUCUGGGUAGAGUCACUUCUGGAACUUGCACUCCAUCUUCCUCAUCAUGACUUGGGGGUCCAUCCCAGUCAAU